CACCGCAGAACGCGUCGCGACGUCUUCCCUGCGAGUUUUCAGUCGUCCGGCGAGCAUCAAACCGCGAUCUAUCCCUAGCGACCCAACCCCGCUAGUCCGGUUUUCCCACCCGCUUAUCGUUUUGUCUUCCGGGGUGUGUUUCUCCGGAAAGUGUGACUCAUACCGAGGCUCGAACGUCGAAUGUAAACGUUGCUGUGAAUAAGUAUUCUACAGCAAAAGUACGAUGUUUACAUGAUAUUUAUACGAAAAUAUUUCUAUGAUACUAGUCACUGUAAUCGAGACAAUCUGGCAGAAGUUACUGAUAAUAUAUUCUAGAAACUAGAAUUUCCACCCAUAUGAGGAAAAUAUAGGAAACAGUCAAAAUCAGUUUAUCGGAACCAUCCAAGAAGAUACAACGAAAUGUCUGAGAGCGAGGAAGAAUCAACAAACUCAGCGGACUGGACAGUGACAGAAGACUGGCUCUUAAACGUCCUCAAAGAACAUCACAAGGAACCCGAAGAUUCGGACGCUAUCAGUAUAUCAGACUACACAGUCACACCUGGCUGUGAGUCUGGGGAAAGCGUUCUUAGUGACAUUCUAGCUGUUUCAGUUAAGUACUCCUUAAAGAGCGAUUCUGACGGCAACUCGCAUAACUUGGACUUUAUUAUAAAACUGUUACCGCAAGACGCUUUUAGUAGGUUUUUCGUGACCGAAGCACAGUUCGACCUUAGGGAAAUUAAGUUCUACACGCAAGUAGUUCCAGACUUAGAAUCGUUCAAAAAGAAUAUGGACGAUACGAUAGACCUAAGUUUGCCAAUUCCUAGAUGCUACUAUGCACACUAUUCAGCUGGUUCUAUAGAACCAGAACCUUCACCACCCGAGUCCGUCCUAGUGCUGGAAAAUAUGAAGCCCCAAGGUUACGUCGGCGCUGAUUUCAGCAGAGGGCUGACGCUAAGACAAGCAACAGCUGCUGUCGAAGCGAUAUCUGUUGUACACGCUCUGUCUCUGUCCCUUAAAGUGAAAGAAGGGAAGAACUUAUCCGAGAGGUACCCGUUCCUGUUUCAGACGGCUAGAGCUUCAGAUUCCUACCAACAGUUGGUGGAGCGUGGUUUGCCACAACUGUCUAGCUUUCUAGAAUCUAGUGCUGGAUUGGAAAGCGUAAUAUUAGCUUUAGAAGACCUAAGGCCCUACACCAAAGAUAUCAUUGAGAACCUCCUAGCACCCGAGGAACCCAUGGCUCUGAUCACUCACACCGAUUUCUGGUGUAAUAAUCUCAUGUUUCGAGAGGAUGAGAAUAGCUGCACAUGUGCGGUCUUGGACUGGCAAAUGGUUACCUAUAGUCGAGCUACGAACGAUUUAGCUUUACUACUGAUUAGCAGUGUACCAGCAGAGCUUAGAAGGCUGCAUACAGAUGCCCUAUUAGAUCAUUAUUGGGAAAACUUCACUGCCUCUUGUAGGAAACUCAAGUUGGACGUAGAAACUGAACUGGGAUACGAUAGGAAGAAGUUAGCUGAGGAUUACAAAAGGUCCCAACUGCUAGCGUUGUUGCUAUGCAUAGGCUCUGUAGAUUUGGCGCUUGGAAAUGCUCAAAUGGAAGAAAGACUGUUAGAACUGCUCAAAGAUCUUCACGAAGGUGGACUUUUGAAUGCUGAUCUGGUUAAAAAAGCUCAGGAGUGAAAAAGAUAGAAGCAUUUUAACGGAAGCAAGCUGAAUAUAUUAACAAUAUUCAAGAUAAGAAUUUGAUCAUUUAUAAACAUACAAAAACAUGAUUGUUAUGAUGGUUCAGAAUCCUUUCACGCACCUUCUAUAUAAUUAUAAACAUGGGGCACAUGGGACAAAAAAUAACUCCAAUACAGAAACAAAUCUUGACGUAGUGGUAAAUUUAGAUGCUACAAUAAUUCAUUAAAAAAUAUUAUUAAUAUGAUUAUUAAACAUUAUUUUAGCACUACAGUUCUCAGCAAAUACUCAGGAUUUCAGUUUUGAUUUGAUUUUGAUAAUAAGCAACACAUGUGGUUUUUGGUUGCACAGUGCUGGAUAUCUAUGCCACUUAUUAUUAAAAAUUAAACAAAAUCAAAAAUAUUAUAAGUCAAACUAGAUCUCUAUUUAUCAAAUAUGUGGUUUAUAAAUAGUACAACUAGCAUAUUGAAUGCAUAUUGACAUUGUCCUGCCAAAAAAAUGUUACUGCGGGCUUACCCUGCUUAAUCUUCUAAUACCACUGCAAUAAAGACAACACUUAUCCAAAUCUUAUCUUGAAUAGUGUUUACGUUAGAUAGGUACGAAUAUUACGCUUCAAAUGAUCGAAAAAUUGGUUACAACGCGGUAGAAAGAGAGAAUUUUCGAUUAGUUUGUUUUGGGGUAUGACGAAAAUUGGUCAUAAUCAACAACAAAAAAUGACCAAAUUUCAUGGUUCUCAAUGUUCACAAACCAUAUACAAAUACCCAAAAGGUAUUUUUUUAAAUAAAAUGAAAAUAAUGAUUUUUCUAAAACCAAUAUACAAGUUCCAAUAGAAAAUCUAUAUACAAAUAAAAAAAUAGUCAAUUAUCAGACAGUUGCUAUGUCCAAUUCCAGCAACUAUAAUUUUUUUUUGAAGUAAAUUUUCCAGAAAUACUGAUAUGUAUAUUCUCGAACAAAAAUAUGCUAGGCAACUGCUCAGUGUAGUUGCUAUCUAUAAAAUACAUAUCCACAAAUUAAUAGUACAGGUACAAACACUGAAGUACUCAAAAAGGUCAAAUUAUAGGUAUGCAAGUUCUAUAUCUUAUAGCAACUACUAUCAAAAAUAUUUUAUAAGUUAUUAAAACAAAAAACAAUUUCCGACAUACCUCAAAUAUUUACAAUCACCGUAUUGCAUAAAAGUAUAGCAAUCACUUUUCUUUCUAUAGGUAUAUAUACGAUACAUACUAUAUAAUAUAAUAUAGACAAAUACAAUGCAGUAUUUUUCGCUUGGUAUACUAACGUAAUAUGAAAUAUUCUUAUGUGCAUGAUAUUGAAAAAAUAACUAUGUUCCGUGCCAAGUACCGUAUUUUUGAGAAUUCAAUCAAAUAAAACAGCAAAAGUUUUAGCUUCUAUAGCCGUGUGGAAACGAACAAUUUUUAUUUGUAAUUUUAGAUUGUUUUAACGAAAUAAAACGUUUUUCAGGC